GUCGAUCACUGCUCUUGCCCCCCUUUUCUAUUCUCAGUGGCUUGUUGUCGUCGAAAUCCAAUGGCUUUCUCGUUGUGGCCAAUGUGGUGCCUUGUGUGUGGCCACCUGGUUCAUGCCAUGCGGCAAGUGGCCGAAAACGAUGAUGUGAAUCCCAUUGACAACAUGUUCUGUGAGUGCAAGGAAGUUCAGUCUGUGGAAGGGUGCCCUGACUACGGGAAUACGAAAUUCGGACUCUCGAGUGGCAUCCCUCGCUAUUAUCAUGAGCAGGCCCAGAAGAAAUUAUGCUGCCGUAUGUCUACAAACAGCAAGUGGAGCAUGUGGAAAAAGAAGAAAUAUAUUCGCCAGGAUACCAAGGAUCUUUGCUUGGAAGAAAGACGACCGCUUGGCGGCUGUUGCACGGUGGCAGGCUCUGCUGAGAUCUACGGGGAAGACUUGAAAAUUCACCUGACCCAUGGGAAAAUCUACAGCAUGGCCCAUAAGAAGAUGAACGACAAUCCGACGGAGAAGGACUACAAGAAAAAGUCCUCCAAGGUUUUCAUCGAGACAGACAGCAUUGGAUAUGCAACCAGCUAUGUAGGAAAGCCAAUUCCUGCCGACAAGAUCAUACCAGAUAUCAAGAAACUCAUGAAAAGCAGCCAAAGUCUCCAGUGCAAAGAGGAUUUUGAAGGAGUUAAAAGUACAGACGGGCCCGGGUCGUGUAAGGUGCAAGCGAAACCAAUUUGUUGCUGCACAGAAGAAACUUUGAAAAAAGACCUUGCGAACGACGCAAACAAAAACUGUAAGAAGCACAAGUGUGGGCCGAAAAUCAAUUACUGGCCAGUCAAUGCUUUAAGGUUAGUGCCGAAAAAAUCGGAUCAGUACGAGGAUGAUCCUGAUCAUCCUGGCUGGCCGCCGCGUGAAUUGAUUUUUGAAUACAAGCCAGUCUGGCCUAACUAUGACCCGUUCUGGGAAUGUCCCUUGGUCUUGAAGCAAAAGGACGGCACUACAUUUGCCAGAAAACGCGUGGAUGAGCAAGCGAAGGAGAAGUGCACCGGCUACAAAGAAAGGAUAGUCGAGUCAAACAACUGGAGUGACGAGUUGAUGGCCCGCAAAGCUCGUAAAAAGUUCUGUUUUCAGAAAACCUACUAUGAGCCAGCUUGCGAAAUUGGAAAUGUAGAGUACAGAGCUUUCAAUGGCCAGCGGCUGGAUGAUGCUUUGCACUGUCCUGCCGGCUACAAGAGCAACAUCCCAAAUGAUCGCUUUGAUUCGAAGUGCAAUUGUGAUUCUAAAUAUUAUUUCAACUCUGAAGACAAUGCUAAAAUAACUCUGGAGGUGCCAUAACCUGUGCGGACAGGGCGCAGUGUGGAAAAGCUGCAGAGCCAAAUUUGGGUUUCAGAUCAUGUUCAUUGACAACCUGUCCUCUUUCUCAGAGAUGCGCAAUAAACGUCUAUCGUAAUCUGAAGUCUUUGUUGCAUACUUCACAGAUUGAGACACGUGCAAAGUGGCCAAAAAUUGUCCAAAGGUGAGGUGUUGCAUUGACUCAAGGACUCAGGGGUCCUCCAAACUUGCAACUCCGUAGGAAUUCCAUUGGACAUCGCUGACGUUCAGUCAGCCAACUUCACACCUUGAGCAUAGCUCCAGCCAGAAGUGCACAGCGGCCGUCAGGGUACAAGGAGGUCGACUGCAUCUACUUUUCCCCUCUGGAGGGCAAUGUGAGGAACCCUGCAGAGGACUGGACCGAGAACUGAAGGAAUGCAAGGGGAGUUGGGGUUGAAUUGUGAAUAUGCUUGAGCCAUGCUUCUAGAAUCUAGCUGUUCCCCCGCUGACGACAGAAGUUGUGUUCUGAAGUUGUGUAUAUCGAUUUCUUUACUGUUUGAGUGAAGAUGGGAUCUUCUUGUUUUUGUUUCUAUCUUUGAUCGAGUUCUAUGAUCGGACCAUCCAUUGGCAAAUGCAGAGGCUGCGUUUUGCGUGAGGUUUGGUCAAAACAGGCAGCACACAAAUUUGGACGGAGAUAUGUUCUAGUCGUAUCCAGAAGUGGAACGGACACACUUCUCCAUGAACAGUAGAAUUCAUUCGAAGUGUCAGAGCAAACUACGUCGGCUUUCAAGGGAAAACCUUUGUUUGUCGCAGUGCAAUGAGGAGGCUGAAUUCCUGCACCCAACUGCAGGCUGACUGGCUCUGAGGAUCUCCUGGAGUUGCAGAAGCUAAUGGUUUCAGUAUGUUUCAGAAAAGUCAGACUUUUGCUCAGUGCCCCUGGGCUGUACUCAGAAUGGUUCAGAUUCCUUGCUGAGGCUGAAGAUCUGACAUUGAGAUAUACUAAAGAAUUCAUUAGGGAUGAGGAUCAUUGAGGAUCAUUAGA